AUGGGGAGAUUCAAAUUAGUUCUUCUGGUGCUUGCACUACAAACUAUAUUUAUAGUAGCCUAUUCUUAUCAAAUAGACCCUCUAUUGGUCUCAAAAUACAUUGUAAAUGGAGAAAGCACUCCUUCCUUCUAUCCUAAUGAUGUUGAGAAUACCACCAAGGUAGAUUAUGGACUUGGUCCGAAUGAAAUUACAGAUCUUGGACUCAAGAACAUGAACAAAAUGGGAAAAGUUACAAAGAAGGAACUUUCUGUUGACAGGAAUAUAAUUCCGACCUUCUAUGACCCGAAGUAUGUCUUUACUAGAGGAAUGUCGGAGCAGAAGACUAUCUACUCCGCUUAUUCAUAUCUUCUAGGAAUGUUUCCUCAUUCGAUCAAUGGCGUUGAUUUCAAAUCUGAGCUGAUGGACGAUGGGGAGACUAUUCCUUUGAAAUAUUUGGAUAAUAUUCGCAAAAGAAGCGGCAUGGAUAAUAGGCUAUGCAAGAACAGAACUCUUCAGUACUAUGGUGGCAAUAGAGAUUACGAGUUCAUUGAGAGCCACUUCGAUCAAUACCCAAGUCUGAAGUACAAAAUGCUCAAAAAUCUCCAAGAUGCUAAAGUGAUCUUUGAAAGAGAAUAUGGAAAUGAACUAUACGAGACAAUGUCCAGGACCAUGAGAAUCGACACUGAUAGGCUUGAUUUUUACAAUUCGAUUGAUUACCUUGAAGACUAUGUAACUGCAAAGUAUAACAAGAAGAAAACUCCAUAUCAUUUCGAUGAGAGUACUGAUCUUCUUAUUGAAGUCUAUUACACUCAUUACUUCAAGCUUGGGAUCUUUAAAGACCCAGCCAUUCUGAGAGUGUUCACCCAUUCAUAUUUUGUGAACUUGGCAAAAGAGAUGCUAUUAAAAUCUCAGGUAGAUCAAGAAUCUAUCUAUGUUGGCUUGGCUAAUGAGAACAUCGACACAAUGGGACUCUCCUUACAUUUUGGAAACCAAAUCACAUUCUUGGCUAUAAUGCACCAAAUCAACACUCUUGAGCAGUACUUCCCAUCUUACGGAGAUGAGCUAUCUUGGACCCUUUAUAAGAAGAGAGGAGAGUACUGGGUCUUCGGAGAAUAUGACGAUGAAAAACUUAACCUUGAGAGUAAGGCAAAUUCCAUGGGAGAGAUCUCACUAGAUCGAUUCAUCACAUAUAUUUGAAGUAAAGUCUACUUUGGUGAUAUUAAAAAGGUCCUUAGAGGAGAGGAAGACCCUGAUGAUUUCCUUGAUUCUCCUCAUAACUGCAAGCAGUUCUUUGAAAAUCAUUAUACUUUUGAAGAAGAGCUUCUUCAAACUAGAAUUGACCCUUAUAGCUUCCAGCAAGAUGAUUCUAAUCUAAUUGAUGUAAAUAAGCACUGUAGCUUGAUCGAUGAUGAGCCAAAAGUAAUAGAAAAGCCUGCUAAGAAGCCUAAAACAUUCAGAAACGUCACUCAAAUCAUCCACGAAGUACAAGUCCCCAUAACUGCUACCAACCCAUACCCCUCUGAGCUCUCAUACAACCCCUACAAUCCCUACUACCACAACGACUGGGACUAACUCUCCAUAGCCCUUCCAAACAUCUAAAUUCAAUUCCUUCA